AUGCGCCAAAAGCUGCUCCGAGCGACGGCCGACAAUCGCGAUAUCGAGGAUCGCCUGGAGCGCACGUUGGAGGAAAACACCCGGCUCAAACGAGAACUCAAAGAAAAAAAUGAAAAGUUGACGCGUGUCCAGACGCAAUUCCAGCGCCUUGCUGCGGAUUGGAAACGGUCGGUGGCGGAAACGCCGAAACCCCGUUCCUCCAUCCCGAGUCGUGUGCUUCAGCCUAUCACGCCCAACGCCUGCCGUAGAGCAUCCACGCUCAGCCACGCGCAAGACCCCCCGCCGGCGACGCAAUUGCCGUCCAUUGCACGCCCCGCCACCGCGGAUGGGCGGCUUCGCGCCGACAUCGCGCCCCCUUCUUCCCCUUCAAAGGGGCCGAUGGAGGAACUCCUCGCCUGUCGAGCCGCCUUGCGGCAGGCAAAUGAAGAAAUCGAACGGCUGCACGCCUUAGUCGAGCGCGCGACCGCUCCGACGUCGGCCCCGACCCCAACGGACGCGAACGCCGCCCUUCAGCAACAACUUUUGGAGUGCGUGCGGCAACGACAGGAGAUUUUUACGCUCCAACAGCAGCUCAUGCAUGCCCAGGCCGCGAUCAGAACCACGGAGGAACUUCAACACCAAACCCACACCCGCGAGAUCGCCCAUCUCACCCAGCAGCUCCAGGCAAGCGAGGCGGCCCGUCAAGACUCCGAGCAGCUGCUACGCCAGGCCUUGGAUCGGGUUUCGCGUGAAAAAGACGCGCUCUCGCUCCGGCUGAAGCUGCUUGCGGAGCACGAAAAAGAGGCGGAGGCGAAAAAAGCCCAGGAUUCCGACCCCAUGGGGCUCCUUCAGCUCCAGGCCGAUGUGCGGGAUAAAUCGAACCAAAUCGCCGUUCUCACGAGCCGGCUUCAGUACACCCAAGGCCAGAUCGAGACCCUCAACGCGGAGUGUGCGCGGCUGGUGGAGCAGCUGAAGCACUUUCACACGAACCUCGCGGAGAGCAAAAAAGAGGUGCUGCGGGUGGAGUAUGAAAAGUCCGGCCUGCAGGCGAAAUGUGCGCGUCUGGAGGAGGUCGAACUCACCUUAACCCGGCGAAACGAAGAGGUCCUGCAACUCGAACAGGAGCUUCUGAAGCUGACGGACGCCUUGCGCGGGUUCAACGCGGAGACGGAGCAGGCGGUGCGGCGGGAGCUCAACGCGCGGAUUGCCGAUUUGGAAGCGAUGCGCGAUCAGGCGGAUGCCGGGCGUCGUGAGAAGGAGCGCAUGUUGCGGGCAUGUCAGCACGAUUUAGCCGACGCGAAUCGCGCGCAGGCGAGUCUGCAGGCGGACCUCGCGAUGUAUCGAAGUCGACUGGAAGCGGUGCAGAAGGAAGCCACGGAGCUCGCCUCGCGGGCGGCCUUUUCGAGCUACACUACGAAGGAGUUGAACGAGGAGGAGAUCCACCGCGCGUUGGCGGUGGCCGCGAUGCGGAAACGUCGUGGGGAGGCCACCACGAACCCCCCCCCCCCCUCCGGCGCCCCCGUCAGCGAUGUCGAGGCCGCCGAAACCUUAGAGCUCUACGACGCCCUCAACUGGGAUGAAACGUGGGAGCACGGGCAACUUCGCGAGGCCUUGGCGACCGCCGCGCUCGAUCUCGAGCUCGCCGAAACGCGCUGUCAGCAGAUGGCGGAGCAGGCCGCCCGGCAUCGCGCGCAGCUUGAUCGCCUCGCCUGCGAGCGCGACGCGUUGCUGGAGGAGAACCUCGAGCUUCGACGCCGCGUUUCGCACGUCCAGACGGUCUUUGCGAAGCAGCAACUGCAGGCCUAUCGCGCCGCCGUGGCGAAACCCGACGCGGGCGACCCCGCGGAGGCGAAAAAUGGGCUCAUCCAAUUCUGCAUUCGCGCCUUGGAAGCGGAGGAGGGCCUUCCCCGGGCGCUUGGGGUGCGCACGAUCCGGGAUCCCGUCUCCGUGUUUUUCACCUUGGAUGGGUUGGAAGGCUACGACACGAUGCUUUCUCCGACUUUGCACGCCUUGGAGGAGCCGAUGGAUGUGCGGUUUGUGUAUAAAGGCCUCGGUAAGGAUGAGAUCACCCUCGCGCAGAUUCAACACACCCUCUUCACCCUACAACUGCAUCAGGUAACGGAGUUUGGGAGCCGCAUCGUGGCGAUGCAUGAGAUCCCCGGGAUCGCCCUCCUCACCGCCCGCGAGUUAUCUAUCGAGGAGCGAUUCGAUCUCAUCGAUGGAACGGGCGAAAAAGUAGGGUGGGUGUUGAUGGAAAUGUGCUGCUCACAGCUCAUGCUGCCGGUGCUUCUCGGCCAACCCUUGACGGCCGGCGCGUUGCUCUCCGCGGCGGAAAUGCGCGCGGCGUUGAUCGCACUCCGUUCGCUUCUUUUUCUCCGCGUGCACGUCUUUAAGGCGGAGGGAUUGGCCUCCGUGGAAGGGGGAACGAUGCCGCAGCCGUAUGUCUUUUACACCGCCCAUUCCCCUCACGGGGGGUUAGGGUUUGUGCGGGAUACGGUGGUGCGAACGGCGGGAAACGCCUUCACGACGGAUCCCGUUUUCGAUGCCAUACCUGUCGAUCAUCGCGUAGUCGUGGAUCGAGAACUUAUUCAUUACAUCGCCCACGGAUCCAUCGUCUUUGUGGUCUUUGACGAGCGCGCCCAUGAUGUGCGGGAGAAUCUCGGCGUUGUGGAGGUUUCCCUUCAUCCUCUCCUAGCUUCUCCAACCGCGUUUAUCCGUGAAACGGUUCCUCUGCACCCACAAGGAACACUCAGCUUUGGUAUUUCAUGGAUCACGGGCCCAUAG